UAAUGGCUUCUCAAAUAUCUCCACUUUUCUUUCAAUUCCUUCUCAUUCCCUUUUUCGCCUUUGCUACUACUACUACUACUACUCUAGCCAAAGUCCCUGCAAACCAAACCUUCAGAUUCGUCAACCAAGGCGAGUUCGGUGAUCGGAUUAUCGAAUACGAUGCUAGCUAUCGAAUAAUCGAGACUGACGUUGACUCCUUCCUCACCUUCCCUUUUCGCCUCUGCUUCUAUAAUACCACUCCUGAUGCUCACAUUUUCGCCAUUCGAGCCGGCCUCCCCAGAGACGAAAGCCUGAUGAGGUGGGUGUGGGAUGCUAACCGCAAUGAUCCCGUUCGUGAAAACGCCACGCUUACCUUCGGCGAGGACGGCAAUUUGGUGCUGGCGGACGUGGACGGUCGUGUCGUUUGGCAAACCAAAACGGCUAACAAAGGUGUCACGGGGAUUAGGCUACUACCCAAUGGUAACUUGGUACUGUAUGAUAAAAAUGGGAAAUUUGUUUGGCAGAGUUUCGAUCACCCGACUGAUACUUUGUUAGUGGGUCAAUCAGUUAGUAUCAACGGUAGAAACAAGCUCGUUAGCCGAACGUCCGAUGUUGACGGCUCCGACGGGCCAUAUAGUAUUGUACUAGACCGUAAUGGGUUCAUUAUGUAUUUAAAUAACUCCGGUCGGCAACUUAUUUAUGGGGGUUGGCCAAUAAAAGAUUUCGGAGACAUUGUGACAUUUGACGCUGUGCCUGAAAAUGAAAACGCAACAGCUUACGAGUUAGUGUUGAUACAUCAACAGGCUAAUCAGAGCACUACUUCUACGACGGGCAUCGGUCGACGACUUCUACAAGUUCGUCCGAUAGGUGGAGGCAACACAUACAACCUCAAUAAACUCAACUACAACGCCACAAUUUCUUUCCUGAGACUCGGAUCCGACGGGAACCUAAGGGCUUUCACUUAUUAUGACAAAGUGAGUUACCUAAAAUGGGAUGAGAGCUUUGCCUUCUUCUCAAGUUAUUUCGUUAGGGAAUGUGCUUUGCCAUCGAAAUGCGGUGCUUUCGGAUUAUGCGAUAAGAGAAUGUGCGUCGCUUGUCCGAGUCCGAAGGGACUAUUGGGAUGGAGCGAAAGUUGUAAACCACCGAAGCCGGUACCUUGUCGGAGCGGAGCUAAGGUCGAUUACUACAAAAUUAUAGGAGUGGAACAUUUUUUGAACACGUAUUUGGACGACGGCGAAGGUCCGAUGAAAGUCGAGCAAUGCCGGGAUAAAUGUAGCAAAGAUUGCAAAUGUCUGGGGUUCAUUUACAAGGAAGAUACAUCAAAGUGCUUGACAGCACCUGUUCUUGGGACAUUGAUCAAAGAUGUUAAUGCUACAUCUGUAGGAUACAUUAAGUACUCAAAGUAGAUUUAACCAUUUACUGGGUAAUUUAGUAGGUGACGAAAAGAGAUGUAUUUGUGCGUUUUACCCUUAUGCUUUCUCAUAUUAGUAACAGUUUUUAUAUAUAUAUAAAUCCUUACUACUCUA